CCCAAUUUAGUAAACACACAGAUAAUAUUGUCCAUCAGGUCAGACAAUUCCAUCCAUGGCAAUUAGGAUACUUAAGCUCGCCUGUUGGUGGUUUUGUAUCUGCUUCCCAUGGCUAACAAUAUCAGCAGCCCAAACCAACACCACCGCCGCCAGCGCAACUAAGAACAUCAUAAAAGGGCCAAAUAUCACCAAACCAGGAUGCCAACGUCAAUGUGGGAACGUCACAGUUCCGUACCCUUUCGGGAUCGGCCUGAAUUCGGGUUGCGCAAUCGGGGAAUGGUUUGAUGUCAGCUGCAACACUUCUUUCAGCCCACCAAAGCCUUUCAUAGGUCAGAUUGAGAUAUACGACAUAGAUGACAAUCAUCUUCGUGUAGCCAACUACAUCGCAGGUCAAUGUUACAAUCAUAAGGGAGUAGUCGGUGGUCUAAACCAGUCUUCGAACGUAAAAGUUUCAUCAGCUUUAGAGAUUAAAGUUUUCAAAUAA